AAAAUGAGUUUAAUGGAUUCAGAAAGGUUUAGAUUAUUGAGAGCACUUCAGAGCAUAGAAGCUGUGACUGAUGAUAAACGAGUAUUGAAGCAUAUGAUGGUUGAUAUUCUCAACCUGAGGAAUGGAAUGGAAGAUAACCUACUCCUAAUCCAACAAAUCAACCAGAUGAUACAGAAGGAAGGAGAGGAGCAGAAGGGGUUUGAUGAUGUGAUCCAUGCUGCCCAGCAACAUAUUGACUCCAUUAACGCUGUGUAUACAAUGGGAGUAUCCUGGCUUAAAGAUGAAACGGGGUUUGCUUUUAGUUUAGUUCAAGUAGGAGAUUCCACAAUGUCAACUGUUGAUGAAGUUGAAAGGGAACAAUCUGAGGAUUUUGAGGAGAUUGAACAAGAUGAAAUCAAUUGUGAAGAUAUAAAGAUAGAGCUAGAUGUUGGAGACAAUAUUUCCCUUCAUAAAUCAGAGCUGAAUGGUGGGGACGAUAUUUUCUCCCAGGAAUCAGAGAGGAAAGUUGCGGACGAUACCCCGGGAAUAGAGCGGGAACCUCGGGACGAUAUUUUCUCCCAGGAAUCAGAGAUGAAAGUUGCGGACGAUACCCCGGGAAUAGAGCGGGAACCUCGGGACGAUAUUUUCUCCCAGGAAUCAGAGAUGAAAGUUGCGGGCGAUACCCCGGGAAUAGAUCGGGAACCUCGGGACGAUAUUUUCUCCCAGGAAACAGAGAUGAAAGUUGCGGACGAUACCUCGGGAAUAGAUCGGGAACCUCAGGACGAUAUUUUCUCCCAGGAAUCCGAACUGGUUAAACAAGAAAUUAAACUUGAAUAUAUUCAAGACCAUGCCUGUCCGUCUGGAGUAAAAAAACAAGAUUCAAAAUAUUCUUGUGUUCGAUGCAACUAUUCUACAACUUCAGACAAGCAGCUGAAAAGGCACACAUUGAAAGAACACCAAGAACUUAAUUUGAAAGAUGAAGAUGAAGAUGAAGAGGAAAAAGUAGAACACAUUGAUCAAGAAAUUCAGUUAGACAAAUCCUCCAAAACAGUUCAGAUAAGUCACAAUUGUGGUGUUUGUGAUUAUAUAGGAAAGAGUUCCAGUGGUUUGAGAUCACAUAUGAAAAGAAAACAUGAGUCCGAUAAACCCAAACACGUGUGUCAUCUGUGUGGAUAUGCUGCCCACUGUAAAGCUGUUCUAAGGAAUCAUAUAGAAUAUAAACAUGAAAAACGUAAAUCAAAGUGUCCCCACUGUGAUUACCACGGCACCAAGCCUAUUUUGAGACUACAUAUUAGGAACAAACAUGAAGGAUUAAAAUUUCCUUGCGAUGAAUGUGAACUUGUAUUUACACGAUUAUCUCACAUGAAAGAACACAAGAUACGCAUCCACCUGGGCUUAAAGCUUUAUUGUGAUCAGUGCAGUUCAAACUUCUCCACUGAAACUAAUCUAAAGAGGCACAUUAAGAGUGCACAUGAAGGAUUUCGAUAUUCCUGUGAUCAAUGUGACAAAACAUUUAGUCAGGUGACAACUUUGAAGAUGCACAUUGAUGGCGCUCAUACCAAUUCAAGAUAUUUUUGUGAUCAAUGCUCAUAUGUUUGUAAAAAUUCUGGAAAUCUUAAAUCUCACAUACAUUUUAAGCAUUCAGAUAAACCAAAGAAAGCUAAUACCAAAGAAAAUGAGGGUGACACAUUUCCAUGUGAACAUUGUCCUUAUGUUGGUACGAAAAUUUUGUUGUAUCGUCAUAAAAGAGCGAACCAUAAAGGAAUUCGAGCUGCUUGUGAUAUGUGUGAUUUUACAGCGGCCGAUAAAGCUCAUUUGAGAAGUCACAGAGAAAGUGUUCAUCUUGGUAUUAAAUAUCCUUGUGAUCAAUGCAACUUUGCCGCGUCUUCUAAAGGUAACCUGAAGCAGCAUAAAGAGGGUAAACACAACGAUGAAAAGUUUCCCUGUUCAAAGUGUGACUAUGUUGCGACCACACUGUACGGAUUGAGGAAGCACACGAAGAGCAAACAUCAAGAAUAAUCAAAUCAUUUUGUAUCAGGUUUAAGAGAAAAUGAAAAUUAUCUAAAAAAUACAUAAAGUGUCAAGAAUUGAACUCAAAAUUUUACAUUUUUCAGA